GCGAGGCGGGAUCACGAGGAAUUCAUCUCCAAGUUGUUGCCAUCUCUCGAGAUACUAAAGCUGUCGGGGAUAUGCCUUAGUGACGAGUAUCUCCGCAGCCUCAUGGCCAGUGCUCCUCUGCUCCAGACAGUGAGAUGUAAGCAUCUCCCUGUGACGGAAAUGGUGGAGAUAUCUGAUCACGAGUAUGAGGACGACGAUGACGAAUGGUCUUAUAUUUUCCGUAUGGUGCUCGAAGAAUCGGAUGAAGAUGUCAUAGCCUGAACAAAAUAUUAGACUUGUUUGUACAGUUUUCAUUAAUUAUGGGACUUCUUUGUAAUUAGCUUAUACCCGAGUUUCUGGUAGCAGGGUAUAAGUAGUUUGCUUCAGCCGAGUUCUAGGGCUAAGCUACGUAGACUAUCAUCAAAACACUAAACCAUAGUAGAUUUGAUACUAAGAGCUAUGCUCUCUGUGGACUAGUCCCGAUCAUUGGGGAAACCACGUAAAUCUUUGCGUCCUUUUCUUUUCCGCGAU